GAACAUGAUAGUCACUCUUUCAUAGCCGGACUAAUCGGAGGAUAUUAUGUUUUCGGAGAGAAUAACAAUAUUAAUCAACAGAUUGUGCUUUACGUCUUUGCGAGAAUUAUGAUCGGCUUGGCUAAACUGCCAGUGGCACGCAGGGCAAUCGAAGAGCCAAAUCACACCUUUCCAGUGUUUGCUGCUGUCCAUUUCCCAGAAAAACGAAAGUUGAUUUAUUGUUCACGAACAGUACCGGAGAUAGAAAAGGCCUUGGCGGAAUUACAAAACCUUAUGGAAUAUCGUGAAUCUUGCGGGCAAAAUGAAAGAUUCCUAGGACUUGGACUAACUUCUCGAAAGAAUCUUUGUGUACACCCAAAGGUUAGUCAAGAAAAAUGGGGAAAGGUACUGGACGCCAAAUGCAGAAAUCUUACUUCAUCUUGGGUGAGAGAAAAAUCCAAAGUAUACACAAGGGAAGAAGUUCCGCUGUGCAACUUUUAUGAGCAACUGGAAAAAACGGACUUGGCAGAUCUGUUGCCAGAUGGAGUGUAUACCCUUGAAGAUUUGCGAGAGUAUUGCAAAGAAAACGAAUAUUGUCCCUAUUAUUUAGCAAGAAAAAUGAUUCCUUUUGCCAAUGUGGUGAUUUACAGUUAUCACUAUCUACUGGAUCCCAAAGUUGCCGAGUUGGUCUCAAAAGAGUUAUCUAAAGAUUGCAUAAUUGUAUUUGAUGAAGCACAUAAUAUAGGAUUGAAGGCUGCCAGUCAGGCUCGUGACGAGGAUAUCUUUAUGGCAAAUCCCGUCUUACCCGAUGAUUUGCUGAAGGAGGCUGUACCGGGGAAUAUUCGUAAAGCCGAACAUUUUGUGAAUUUUAUGAGACGCUUUAUAGAAUAUCUUAAAACUAGAAUGCGAGCUCAACACGUGGUCGCCGAGACUCCGUUAUCGUUUCUUCAACAUUGCAAAGAAGUAACUUAUAUCGAACGAAAGCCUCUAAGUCAAAGGUUGAUGUCUUUGGUUCGCACCUUGGAACUAACUGAUCUGGACGAAUAUUAUGCGUUACACAAAGUCGCGGCAUUCGCUACCCUCGUUGCUACUUAUGAUACUGGUACGGUUCAAAACAGUAGUCAUUACAUCAGGUACAUUAUCUCCUCUCGAUAUGUAUCCAAAAAUGCUAUCUUUUACGGCGGCCGUUCAGGAAAGCUAUACCAUGACUCUGAUGAGAAAUUGUUUCUUGCCCUUGGUAGCGAUCAAGUAGCAAUCAGUUCAAAAUUUGAGGUCAGGAACGAUCCUGCGGUAGUUCGAAAUUUUGGGCAAAUUCUUGUAGAAUUUUCCAAGAUUGUGCCUGAUGGGAUAGUCGCAUUUUUUCCGAGUUAUUUGUAUAUGGAAUCGAUAGUUGCUAUGUGGAACGAUAUGGGAAUACUGAAUGAAGCGUGGAAACAUAAACUAAUCUUCGUUGAAACCCCAGAUGCAGCUGAGACGAGUUUGGCAUUAGCGAAUUAUAGAAAGGCUUGUGACAAUGGUCGCGGGGCUAUCUUAUUAUCCGUCGCACGUGGUAAAGUCUCAGAAGGUAUAGAUUUCGACCACAAUUAUGGUCGUGCGGUUAUUAUGUUUGGUGUUCCCUAUCAGUACACGGAAAGUAGAAUAUUAAAGGCCAGACUGGAAUUCUUGAGAGAGAAUCAUAAGAUUCGCGAGAGCGACUUUUUAACGUUCGAUGCGAUGCGUCAUGCUGCCCAGUGUGUUGGGAGAGUGUUGAGAGGAAAGACUGAUUAUGGACUUAUGAUUUUUGCUGAUAAA